ACCACGUACUGCAUGCCUGACCACCUCGUCAUACCAACGAAGCACGAGAGAUGCCAGAAGGGCCAUCUGUGAGGAAGUUUCACCAUCUUGUCUCCCCUUUUGUGGGCCAGAAGGUGGUCAAGACGGGGGGCAGCAGUAAGAAGCUACACCCUGCCUCCUUCCAGUCUCUAUGGCUCCAGGAUGCCCAGGUUCAUGGAAAAAAAUUAUUCCUUCGGUUUGAUCCUGAUGAGGAGACGGAGCUACAAAGAGUACAGCAGAAAGAGGCCGUGGAUCCAGAGCUGGCCUUGCAGCCCAAAGCUCAGGAAACUUCUGCAGGCCCCUCUGGAUCUGGGGAGACUGUCCCUAGUGGAUCUGGCGGUCCUUAUGAUCUUGGGGGACACAAUCUUUUAGCAGUUGCCCAGAGGUGGCUAGAGGUCAGGUUUGGCUUGUUUGGCAGUAUCUGGGUGAAUGACUUCUCCAGAGCAAAGCAAGCAAACAAGAGAGGUGACUGGAGAGACCCUGUGCCCAGGCUGGUACUCCAUUUUGAUAGUGGUGGCUUCCUGGCACUUUAUAGCUGCCAGAUGUCAUGGAGCCCUCCCCCAAUGAUUGAGCCCACCUGUGAUAUUUUGUCUGAGAAGUUCCAUCGAGGACAAGCCUUGGAAGCUCUAAGCCAGGCUCAGCCUGUGUGCUAUACACUAUUGGACCAGAGAUACUUUUCGGGAUUAGGGAACAUUAUAAAGAACGAAGCCUUGUACAGAGCAGGGAUCCAUCCUCUCUCUCUCGGCUCGCUCCUGAGUUCUUCCUCUCUGGAGGCCCUUGUGGAUCACGUGGUGGAGUUCAGUUUAGAUUGGCUUCGGGACAAAUUCCAAGGCAAGGGACGGCGCACGCUGAUCUACCAGAAGGAGCAGUGUCCUUCUGGUCACCAGGUUAUGAAGGAGACCGUUGGGCCCCCUUCUGGACUCCAGAGGCUCACCUGGUGGUGUCCUCAGUGCCAGCCCCAGCUGUCAUCUGAGGGGCCACAGAAUAUGCUGUCCUCCUGAAACACUUGACCUUCUUCAUGGAAACUGUAGCAUUGAAGAUCCAGAUACCAAGUGUGCUAAGAGAAGGUCACAGGCAGGAAUUGUGU